CAAGGAAAUGCCCCAGAGACUUGUGUCUGGCAGCCACACAGCUCGUCCAAUGUCAGUUUCUCUGCACCCUACACUCCACCCUCGUCCAAUGUGCUCUGGCUCGGCAUAUGCAUAUGCCCGCAUAUUGCCCGGUGUGCUGGGUUGGCGUUUCGCCAUGAUUGGACGAGGUCUCGGCGCCGAACAUUCGAUCACGGCGGCCUGUUCUCAAGGCCGAUGACUUCAUUGCCGGUUUGUCCUUGAAUCCGGUUUUGGGCCUUACAAGUCUCCAGAAUACCUUCUUUUUAUAGCCUCCAUCUGGAUGUCGAAGGACUCCAAGAAAGCAACCCUGAAAUCAAACCUACAGACACCGAGGCAGUUAGCAGUUCAAUACUACGCUUCGGGGAACCCCACGAGCCAACCUACCUUUCGACGUUGUCUAAUUUCAAUCUCUCGAUUUACCCACUUCAACAAUGGCCUCCCGAAGCGGUUCCGAAGAGAAGAAGCCCAGGCGUCAGACCAAGCAGCAGGCGUACGAGUCCGAGGGCGAGGAGUCAGAGACCUAUGCUCCUCCCCAGCGGAGGCGCAACCAACGCCAGCAGCGAGGAGGCCCGCUCGACAACCUGGCACUCGACAAUGUUCAACAAACGGCCGGUGGCCUCGUCAACACGGCAACUGGGGCACUAGGCGGCGUGGCCGGCCAGGCCGUCGACCAGAAGGGCGGCGGCGGCAAGAGCGACACCCUCCGGCUCAGGCUGGACCUCAACCUCGACGUCGAGAUCACGCUCAAGGCAAAGAUCCACGGCGACUUGGAGUUGGCUCUCUUCGUCGAGCAUCUCCCUCGGGUAUCGCGGCUGGCCCAGAUUAAAAGUGAUUAUCAGAACGCAAUCAACUACUUAGCAGCCAUGACAAGUCGAAUUCGUCGUGGGUCACAAGAAGGCGGCAAUGUGGACGGGGACGGCGAGGGAGCUAGCAAGCAACCACAACAACAACAUACACCAGAGCGCCCCAGAUCACCCGCCUACGUGGCACCCAUCCCCCAAAUCCCAUCCAUCCCAGCAGUCUCCUCUGGAGAAAUAGGCAUCCAAGUACCCACAGCAGCCGAACGACCACAGCUCUCACCACUAAUCGGCUCACUGCUCGUCGGAAAAUCCGUAGACGAGUACGGCGACAUAGUAGACGACAAAACAGGCCAUGUGCUUGCACGAGCAGGCGGGGAUUUGCCAUCCAUCGUGGGGCGGCGCGUGUCCAACGCCGCAGGCGACAUCCUCGGCGACGGCGGGGAGCUGUUGGGGUACGUUGCAGAGGUCAAAACAGAGAAAUUACCAGCGGCGGCUGCGGCUGCGGGGAAUGGUGGGCCGCGGAGUCUGUUCGACGUGAUGGGGAGGAGCAGGGCGUCGUUGAUGGUCGACCAUCUGGGCAAUAUUAUUGAUGCUGAGGGCAAUGUGGUGGGGAAGUUUCAUGAUAAUAAUAACCCGCUGCAUCGCAAGGAGAGGGGGGAGAGGGAGGCUGCGGAGAGGCUGCUUCGGCAGCAGCAGAAGGAAGAGAAGGAAGGGGAGGAAGCGGCGUCUGAUGCAAAGCAAAACGAGGGGCAGCAUGAUGGAAAGGAGCAGCAGUCAAUGCCUGUUGGUGGUCAGCCGAGACCGAGACGGACCGAGGAAGAGAGGAGACAAAACGCCGAGGCGUGGAGGAAGGAGAAUCCCAGCGAGAGUCCGUCCGACAUUUUUCUGGAUGUGAAGUCGACGCGGGACGGGAUCCAGCUCACGAUUCGGAUCCCGACCGUGUUUAACGGUCAGCAACGGACGCCGAAUAUCACUUUUUCGUGAGUGGCUUUCGCAGGGGAGAAACGAACGCUCAAGUGAUGUUUGACAGCAUCUCUGUGUGUUUGGGAGACAGGCAGUGGGAUGGAUAACCUCGGAGUUGAGAGAUUGACAGGGGCUGUAGUUGAUUCAAGACGAAAUGGACAUUUUGGAAAGAUUGGUGGAAUAAAUGCGAGUAAUUUCAGGGGUACAUUGUGAGAGGGAACCGUUCGGUUGGAGAUCAUGGCGUCAGCUAGGCGGGAGUACGAAGUACAUGGCAAAGUCCGUUUCCAAU